AUGGGGUUUUCAGUUGUCGAUGAAGAAUUUAGAUCAAUCUAUUUGGACUUAAAUUUUUACGGAACAGCCUCGUUAACAGUCUGCUUGUGGUCUGCCAGCCAGGUGUGCGUGGAAAAGUCGCUCAUAUUCAGAUCUAACACCCCUUAUCCUACUGACAUCGUCACUGCCCCUGGUGGACGUGCUCUGCUCUUCUGUGUGCGGCCGGAUGACUCAAACCUGAACUAUUUCCAACAGCCACAGCAUAUCAAAGAAUCUGACUUUUUGAAGUUUUCAGAAAAGUAUGGCAGACACUCAUUCUUAACACCAGCACAAGCCCAGCCAUCCUUCUCUGCCUUUUACCGGGCUGGUGAUCCAAUCCUAACCUACUUUGAUUCGUCAUCUGUACUGAGCACUCUUAGACAGCCAGUAAGGAUGGGAGCCAGUGGACUUUGUGUUGAUGGAAAUCCUGCUGGUUUCCUGGACAGUAAAAGCACAAGCUGUACUCGGUUUUUUGCCAACUUGAGCAAGAGCUGCAUCACUGACCCUGCCCUGGAUGCUGCCUCUUAUUACCGUGACUUCACAGUGCUAAAGGUUCCAAUUAAUGACGCCAUUAUGCAGUCCAUGCAGGUAAAGAUCACCCCAGUCACACCCCCUGGAGCUCCCCACAUGAAAGACAACACAUGUACCAACGUUGUUUCUGAGGUGAUCUAUGAGAUAGAAUUCAACAGCACCCAUGGGAUUCAAAGUGUGUCUGUCCAGUUCAAAGUCACCAACAUCACUGGGAACUCAGGAUCUUCUCUGCAGCAGCAUUUCACUUUGCGCUUCUGGACCAGGACUCUUUCUCGCACCUUGCCUCGAAGUGGAAACCCUGGCUACAUCACUGGAGCACCGCUGUUGAUUGCAAACAGUGGUGCCAGGCAGCAUAUGACCAUUUUACAGAGCCAGGCUGAUGGAAGUUGCUCACAGUUCCUCAGGCACACAGUGCAGUUUGGUAGAAACAUAAGGACAGGAUGCAAGCUCAGCCUAUCCCAACUAUUGGAAGAAAGUGACUGUAGUCACAUCCAGCAGAAGUUAUAUAAGGCACUCCAGGGGAUGAGCAGAGCAGAGGACCUUGCUAUAAUCGGCAGUGCUCAUUCAGCUCGGGCAGAAGAGUGGACCACCAUUCUGAUUCAGAACUGCAGUGUACAGGCUGUGAAUUGUACUGCUUGUUGCAUGGUUCCUGUGACCCUGGAGAUCCAGAUAUUGUGGAGUAAGGAGGGCCUCCUGUCCAACCCACAAGCUCAAAUGCUGGGUGCACGGUACUUUUAUCAGUGUCAGCCGCUAAAGUUCCUAAGCACGAGCAUGGUGCCUUUGACAACUGUUGUUACCUUCACGGACAUGACAGAAUGGCCAGAACCUCCACGUGGCCAGCCCAAGACAUACUGGAAACUGCCAUUUGACUUCUUUUUCCCAUUCAAGGUGGCACUGACUGAGGAAAGAAGUUACAGAGGUGAUCUGGCUGGCUGUCUUUUGCUGAUUCUAAUACUGUCUAGUCUCUGCUUCUGAAGGGAUUCAGAUAGAUGGGGCCUGUACUUAAAAUUCUGUAAGUGUAGUAAUACGUUCAGGAUAUGAUCCAGAUCAUGGACUUUUCUCCUCAGGUUCUUUUACUCUGCCUAUGGUAUCUAUGUGCCUUCUGUUCUUGGAGUAAGCCACAUGACUAGCUUGUCACGUGGCCUCUCACACCCCUAAUUCUCCUUGUGUACAAUCUGCAAACCUCAUUGCAGUGAAACUCAUCUCUGCCAGGAGGUGUUUUAUGUAUGAGGAACAGAGGAAGCGUAAAUGAUUAUUCCAUGUUCCCAGAAACUAAGAGGGCUCUCUAACCCAAGGAGCACGGAGAGAGGAGUGAAGUUCAAUCCUAGGAUUUGGAGCUGUGUUUAUGCAGCUUGCCAUUAGAGAAGUACCUCACUAAGUGAACAUUUAAAAUAUGGAAUAAUUUGUCUAGUGAAGUCUCCCAGGGGCCUGAAUUGUUGUUUUGUGAGUAGACGUGUCUGGCAAUCACCUCUGAGCUGUCCUUGUUACAUGGCAACCAUGCGUUUGUGUCAGUUUUUGACUCUUACUUUUGUAUGUCUUUUCACAUACAGAUAUGCAGUUGAAGUUGCCUGCUUUUAAUCACUGUAUUAGCAAUAGUGUUAUGUGAAGCUAAGUAAUUUUCAAGUGUCCUACCUGCUGAAAUAAACUGAAUUUUACAGCUGUUUGUCAAGGCAA